GUAUUUCAGAGCUUGGAGGAUCAUCACCUGGAAGUGGUUUCUUUUUUCCGGGAAAACGGAUUUCACGGCCUCAUCGCCCACGACUCUGAGUAUGCUUUGUGUAACAUCCCAUCGUACUACAGCUCUCAUGCUCUCAAGCUUAGCUGGAAUGGGAAGAAUCUUACCACCAACCAAUUUCUAAUGCAGGAAGUGGCCAAGCAGCUUGGCCUGAAGAUGAUCAACUUCCCAAUCUUUGCUGCUCUCUUGGGUAAUCAUAUUCUUCCUGAUGAAGAUUUAGCUGCGUUUCAUUGGAGCUUGCUGGGACCAGAUCAUCCUCUUGCAUCUUUGAAGGUCCGUGCCCACCAGCUGGUCCUACCGCCUUGUGAUGUAGUGAUAAAAGCCGUUUCUGAGUAUGUGGCCACAAUCAAAGAUGCUUCUAAUUUAGACGUGGUCGGGAAGGAAAUAUUCAGACACUCUCAGUCCAGGACAGAAGAUAAGAUUGAACGAUUUAAAAAAGCUGUGGAAUAUUACUCAGUUGCAACCAAACAGCGUCCACCCCAAAUGAACCCAUCGCCUUUUGUUGUUGCAGGAUACCCACCCAAUCAGUUUGGAAUUCCUCAUCUUCCUCAUAACCAGAUGGGGGGAAUGCCUGUUGGGAAGCCCAUGUUUAGCCAUCAGAUGCCUCCAAAGCUUCCCUAUCAGCAUCACCCGUUUCCUCCAGGACCCAACUCUGGUUUUGUGUUUCCUCCUCACCCCAUGGGUGACCUAUCUCACUUUCAUGACGAAAACCUUCUGAAAGGGGGACCAUUCUCAGGCUGGUCCAUGCCGUAUGACACAACUGCCUCCAAGUUCCCCAACCACUUGACUUUGAAGCCUUCUCCUUCAUCUGGCCAUGACUCAUCCCCGUCCUCUUCUUCUGAUGAAGAUCAGAAUAGUGCAGCAUCAAAUCAUGUCACAGAGGCACGACAGCACAAGACCAAUUGGGAGGAGUCCUCCGGAGAGAAAAUGACACAGAAUUGGGGCCACCAGUCAGGAUCUGGAGAAUCCCAACAAAAUAUGGGGCAAAAUGAAUCCCAGAUUCCAUCCCUGCUAUCCAUGGCGACCAGAAACCACAUGGAUAUCACCACACCACCUUUACCUCCUGUGGCUCCUGAAGUAUUACGAGUGGCAGAGCACAGACAUCGAAGGGGUCUCAUGUACCCAUACAUCUACCAUGUCCUCACUAAGGGUGAGAUUAAAUUGCCAGUGUGCAUAGAGGAUGAAUGCAACACUGAUCUCCCCCCUGCCACCAUUCUUUUCCGCCCAGCACGCCAAUAUGUAUACGGAGUCUUAUUCAGCCUGGCUGAGACUCAGAGGCGGCUUGAGCGGCUAGCCAUGCGCAGGCGUCUGCCAGUGGAUGUUCCGCCAGUGAUAAUUAAAGAAUGGUCUGCCUAUAAAGGGAAGUCACCUCAGACUCCAGAGUUGGUAUCGGCCUUGACCUUCAGAGAAUGGACUUGUCCUAAUUUGAAGAAACUGUGGCUUGGAAAAGCCGUAGAGGACAAAAACCGCCGGAUGAGAGCUUUCCUGGCCUGUAUGAAGUCAGACACACCCAGCAUGUUGAACCCAGCUAAUGUGCCCACCCAUCUCCUCCUCAUGUGCUGUGUGCUGCGGUAUAUGAUGCAGUGGCCUGGAGGAAGAAUACUACUUAGGCAUGAGUUGGACGCAUUUCUAGCACAGGCUGUAUCUGCACAACUUUAUGAGCCCGACCAGCUACAGGAGCUCAAGAUUGAGAAACUGGAUACUCGGGGUGUGCAGCUUGCAGCUCUGUUCAUGAGUGGAGUGGAUACCGCACUAUUUGCCAAUGACGCCUGCGGCCAGCCUGUUCCCUGGGAGCACUGCUGUCCGUGGAUUUACUUUGAUGGGAAGCUUUUCCAGAGCAAGCUGAACCGAGGAGGACGGGAGAAAGCACCUUUAAUUGAUCUUUGUGAUGGCCAGGCGGAACAGGCAGCCAAAGUGGAGAAGAUGAGACAAAGUAUCUUAGAGGGGAUCAACCUGAACCGCCAGCCGCCUCCACCACUUCUGCCUCCACCGCCUUUCAUGCCCCCCAUGAUGCCACCCUUUUACCCUGUUCCACUGUACCCCAGAGCCAUGGGCUCCAUGCCCCCACCUCCUCCUGGAAGAAACCGAGGUUUUUCAGGCGUGCAUCCUAUUCCACCACAAGGGGGAAAGCUGGAGAUCGCUGGUAUGGUGGUUGGUCAGUGGGCAGGCAGUAAACCUUCCCGUGGUCGGGGAGCAUUUGGAAUGCAGGUGGUCUCAGUUGGGGGUCCAGGAAAAGGGUAA